AAAAGGCCCUGCAAAAUUUGCAAAUGAAGAAACGAGUUCAUCAUCUCCAAUUCCAUUUCCAUUUUGAUUUUAUCAUUUUACUGCAAACUGAAGUUUUUUCAUUUGCUAUUUGAUUACUCUUUCCUUAUUAUUCCACCAUUGGAGGAGAUCCGCCGGCGACGGGAAUCCCUGGUCCAAUCCCUAGAUCGAUUGCUUCGAUGGCUCCUGCGGCAUCGUUCGACCUAGACCGACGGCCUUCCAUCCCCGAAUCUCCCCAGUCUCCUGCUUCUGGCCGAAGACGUCGAUCCGUCCACGCUGCUCUCGGCAGCGGCGCAGUUGCCGAUCUCUUACUUUGGAGGAACCCAACUGCGACGGCUUCUGUGGCUGGGGCUGCUACUGUCUUCUGGAUCCUCUUUGAAUUGGCCGGGUACGGGUUGCUGUCUCUGGCCGCGAACUCGCUGCUUCUUUUGGUCACCAUCCUCUUCUUCUGGGCGAAAUCUGCGUCGCUUCUUAAUAGACCUCUCCCUCCGCUUCCCAAACUCGAGGUUUCAGAGGAGGUCGUUGGAAGGGUUUCGGGUGAGGCGCGGGUAUGGAUCAAUCAUGCAUUGUCUGUUGCACGUGAUAUUGCCAUUGGAAGGGACAGGAAGGUUUUCCUUAAGGUAAUGUUGGUGUUAUGGAUUGUCUCUUAUAUUGGCGGUUUAUUCAGCUUCCUCACCUUUGUCUAUAUUGGCGUUGUUCUUUCUCUCACGGUUCCUGCAUUGUAUGAGAAGUACCAGGAUCUUAUUGAUGAAAAACUUUGUUUAGCACACAGCGUCCUCCUGAAGCAGUAUGAUCAUGCCCUUAGAAGAACAUUAAGACAAUCAAAUAAGGAAAAGAAGUUAUAUUAGAAAGGAACAUUGAUCGGAACUCUGGUCCUUUUGGCAAAAAUAAUCCUUUAUUCAAGAGAAACUUUUCUGCUUUGCAAAGGCGAGCUUUCCAACCGGAAGGAAAAUAUGUAAUAUUCUUACUAUCCUUGUUUGUUGUUUUAUUGUGGAUCAUUUACUUUUUCCUGUCACGAUUUAAAUGUUUUGUUUCCAUUUAAAUGCCUCCAGUUUUGCGUUGUCAAUUAUGUGAAUUUUUCAUAAUAACAGGCGUUUUAUGUAGUUUUUAAGGUGCAAAGAGUGUGUUACAUGUUUUAUGUUUGACCUCUACUUCCUGGAGCCUUCUAUAUGCUGAAUGUUUUGCCUCAAA